AUGAUACCAAAUGUACCCCCUAUUUCCUUGAAUGCUCCGAUGUCACUAGAAGACCUGGAAAGCGCUAUAUGCCAAUCUGACACUACUUCCACAAGGCGAGCUGAACCUCCGAAGUUAUCCGACUACUCACCAGAAGAGAUCGAAGUAAUCAACAGCGCGCGCAGGCGGGUUGUCAUGGACAUGAUCAUGACCAACGGUUGGAAGAAAAAUAGUAUGAGGAAGCAGAAACUGGCCAUGCACUCGUAUGCUAGAGAAGUCGUCAAUGAGGUGAAAACGUCACUCGGUUGCCAUGGGUUAAACAUAACGUCUUCCGUCACGACCCUCGUGAUCCAUGGCUUGACAAACAGCCGCUCAAAACUUAUCGAAAAUGCUGAAAAAGAGUCCCUACCUUAUUACAUUGACGACCUCGAGCCCGAAGACAAGUCACUGUCUGCUGAGGAUCGCCAAAAAUAUAUGGCGGAGCGUAGAAAAGCCAUCUAUAACUCAGACAAUCAUCAUACGUAUUUUUUACAUGGUCACAACCGUGGCCGGCUCUUCAUUUUCUCUCAUCCUGCCUUGCAAGAUGUACACAUCAAACAGUGGUAUACCGACGAGUCCUCGCCUCUUUUUGAUGAUACAUUAAGGCUGAUACUCGCGACGACGACCAUUCCUAUGUUAUCGAUGUCGGCGAUUGGGGUCAUGGGAGCCAUAGAUCGGUAUGUUGAAGGACGCCUUUCCAAGUCUGGGGACGUCCUACGUUUUACCGGUAAAUUGUAUGCCGACAAGCAGAAUGCGAUACAAAAGGCAAUGCACGCUGCCCUUGAGACUGAUGUUCAUUGGGAGGUAAUGAUAGAUUAUUUUCAAUACUUGCAUACCAAGGGAAUGAAAAUCUUAAAUGACAAAUUGGGUCUUACAUCACCCACUUCGAUCUCUGUUCCUAUGUCACUGGAAGAACUGACUCUACCACCUGAGCCAGAAAAUACCACCACCCCCCACGAUACUGCCCCUGACUCGUACUCGCAGCACUGCCAGCAUGACCAGCAAACAAACUCGUUCACAGCGUGGCCGUCAACCGUCUCUUACUCAGAGUCUCCUGUCCCUAGUGGGUCUGCACUUGCGCUUUACUCUGAGGCGCAGCCUUUCUAUGACCAGUCGGCUUUACAAAUGUGCAUGUCCGAGUUGUUUGCACAGGAAUAUUAUGCGAACUUCUCUGAGAAGUCAACAUGUGGCUCGUUAGCAGAAGAAGAUGACCAGGACACUUUCUGGACUGCGCCCGGGACAUACCAUGAUACUAUGUAG